UGGAAGCUCAAGCAGGUGUUCAUCUCGUCGAUCUGCUUUGGCAUCUGGCUCACGAUCUCGUCGAUCGUGCUCUUUGCAGUCGUGUACAACACUGACUCGUUUGCGGGCUUUGUCGACUCGGAAAACCUCUGCGUGAGCUGCCUCAAGGACCAGUGCAACGCGUACUUUACCGAGCAGAUCCAGGCGUGCCAGUCGACGCACCCGAUGGCCGCGUGCGGCGAAGUCGAUGGCUCCGUGUACAAGCCGGACCUGAACGCGACCAACUGGGCGGCGCUCACCGAGAACCGCAAGCGGUAUAUCGACGGCUACAAGCUGCGCUACAACGCGCACUCCAAGUACACGACGUUCGACGAUAUCUUUGCCCACCUCCAGGACAACCACAUCAACGACCUCGGCCGCAAGCCCAGCGCGCGCGAGGCGUACGACCAGUUUCUACAGCAGUACACGGCGGCGCCUGGCGCGGUCGCUGCCGCCAACAACGCCAACGGCGUUUCGUUUGUCGGCCACGGAUACCUCCCGCUGACCAACGGCGCGAGCUACUGCGACUACAUGUGGGGCUACUCCAACUUUAAUGCCACAUGGACCAAAAACCACAAGAACAUUGGCCCUGGCGUGCAAAAGAAGGACGGCGUCAUUCGCGGCCUCAUGUACACGCAGGUGUCGAUCUCGGGCCAGGCGCUCAUCUUCGUCACGCGCACGGCCGAGUCUCGCGCGACGUUGCUGGCGAAGCGUGUCGUUUGA